AUGCGAGAAUCAUCGUCUGCAGUAGUUAAAUCAACCCAAGAUGCUUUGAAUCAGUUGGAACAUAUGCGGGAUUCACAUCCUGCUCUCAAAUUAUCAGAACCAACUGUACCAAAAUCUGCUCUAGAUCCCUGCAAUGACGGCGGCCAUUACAGAUCUAUUCCAGAACCUGAGAAGAUUAUAAAUCUAGUCGAAUCGCAUUUCUCGGUUCAUGGUUCGAGCUUGAAAGACGACACCGAUCUUGCAAUGAAGCGAAAACCAUUUAAAGUGAGUCUGCUCUACUUUACCCUAUUUUAA